AUGACAUCCUUUUUCCGCGGCAGUCAUAAAUGGAAUUACCGACUGCAAUGGGAUGGAAUAAAGAGUCUGACACAUGAUUAUUUGACCGCAUAUAGGACCUUGCUGUUGGACACAUUACAAUUCUUGACGAUUUGUUUACAAGCGACUGUCGUGGACCAGCGCAACAGACCUCCCCUAAACUAUAUCGACGACGGAGGGACCGCGCACCGUGAUGCCAGAGAAGUCAAGGUUCUACACGCACGCCAGGCUUCUAUGCUACUGGAGGAGAAGGGGGUGGGGGAUAACAAGGAUGACGACGAUGACGACGAUGACGGCGAUGACGACGACGGCGACUGCGAUAAUACUGAUUCAUCCUCACCUUCCUCACAUCCGGCCUGCACGAGCACUACAUCGUCUGAGACUAAUCCGCCAGAAGCGAUCAUUGAAGAAUGUUCGAGCGAAUGCCUUGCGACGACAAAAAUAGCCUCCAGCGAGUCGGGCAGAUGCUUUUGGGGCUAUAUAAUAUCAACCCACAUCACCGAAAGCCGGGCAUUUCAGAAAGAAACGUUGUCGUGUCAAGGCAAAAAUCGAGGCAAGCCUAAGAAUCUAUACGAGGAGUUUGCCCGCUCUCUCGACAUCACGAAUUCCAAGCUAGAACCUGUCAUUCGACUGGGAGCACCCUUGAUUCACAUUGGGAAGUCGGGCUCCGCUACGCUUCUCCUAUUGUUAGACCGGCCCAAAAUGAUGAAACAAUUGAGCGUGGCCGACACAGAAAACCUGGAUCGGGUAUCCAGCGAUGAUGAUCUUGUGGAGAAAAUCACCAAGAAGUUGGAUACAGCUAUCCGCGAUGCAUAUAAGCGAUACCAGGAGGUCGCGGCCGACGUCUGGAACGUCAAGGGAAGGUCUGCCAUGGUCGAUAAAAUCGAUAACAUUAUGGGCAAGCGGAUCAAUGCUUGA